UAUUAAGAAUGAUGCCAGACGCUUCCAUGUUUUCGUGGCAAAUAGGAUCCAGAGAAUCAAAGCCACCACAGAUGUCAACCAAUGGUAUCAUGUGCAGUGUGAAGACAAUCUGGCGGACCAUGCUUCGAGAGGGUUAUCGGCAGAUCGGCUCGUUGCUUCAAAUUGGUUCACUGGCCCAGACUUUCUGUGGGAAAGGGAACUACUCACAACGGAUGCCAAGGUGGGAGAGGUUAGUGAUACUGAUCCAGAACUUCAAAGGGCUCAAGUACACAUCACCAGUGCAAGGACAAAUAGAACAUUGGUGGAUCGCCUGACCAAGUUUUCUGACUGGAAAAGAGUUGUUAAGGCUAUUGCUUGUCUUAAACGUCAUGCUAAGCAAGUUAAGGGUCUUAGCCCCAAACUCAAUGGAAGUACAAGUGUUGAGGAAAGACAACAAGCUGAACUUUUCUUAAUUAGAUUGGUCCAAAGAGAAGUAUUCAGCAGUGAAAUCAAGAAUUUGCAACAAUGCAAGGACGUAAAAUCCAGACAAAGCAAACAAGCUAUGUAAAUUAAGUCCAUUUUUGGAUGAGCAGGGUGUGCUUAGAGAGGCGGCCGCUUGACAAGAAGUGAUCUUCAUCCGCUCGUUAAACAUCCUGCUAUUCUGCCAAAAACAAGCCAUGUGUCUUCUUUAUUGAUUAAGCAUUAUCAUGAGAAGGUGCAGCAUCAAGGAAGAGGUAUGACUGUAAAUGAAUUGCGAUCUAAUGAGAUAUGGGUUGUUGGAUGCAGUGGUGCCGUUGCCUCACAUAUCUUUAAGUGCGUCACAUGCAGAAAGUAUAGAAGGAACAAGCACGACCCAAAAAUGGCAGAUUUGCCAAAGGACAGAGUGGAAAUGACCCCUCCAUUCACAUAUUGUGGCAUGGAUUGCUUCAGACCAUUCUAUGUGAGGAAUGCAAGAAAGGAACUGAAGAAGUAUGGCCUUCUCUUCACUUGUAUGUGUUGCAGAGCUGUACAUAUUGAGAUGCUUGAUGACCUCAGUUCGGAGGCUUUCAUCAAUGCAUUGCACGUAUUCAUUGCAAUAUGUGGGAAUGUUAGGCAGUUGAGAAGUGAUCAAGGUACCAACUUUGUGGGCGCAAAAAGAGAGUUCAUGGACUCAAUGAAGAACUGGGAUCAUGAGCAGUUGAAGGAAUAUGGCUGUGAGUUUGUAAUGAAUCCCCCAUCGUCAAGCCAUAUGGGAGGAAUUUGGGAGAGGCAAAUAAGGACAGUCAGAAGUGUCCUAACAGCAAUCCUUGAUCAGUCUGCUAAAAGACUUGACACCACCUCACUUAGGACAUUUUUGUAUGAAGUGAUGGCUAUAAUAAAUAGCAGACCCCUGACAACAGAGCACCUGAAUGAUCCAACAAGUCUUGAACCGCUCACACCAAAUCACAUUCUGCUGAUGAAGUCUAACAUCAUAUUGCCACCUCCAGGUCUGUUCGUAAGUCAAGAUUUAUACCUGCAUAAGAGAUGGCGGCAGGUGAAGUUCUUGGCGAAUGAGUUUUGGACAAGGUGGAGGAGGGAGUAUCUUCUUAAUCUCCAGCAAAGACAGAUAUGGCAUGGGGAUAAGAAAAACAUCAAGGUCAAUGACAUUGUUAUUCUCCAAAGAGGACAGUGCUCCGCGAAAUCACUGGAGACUAGCAAGAGUCACAGAGGUGUACCCCAGAGCUGACGGAAGGGUCAGAAAGGUGAAGCUGUUGGUUAGCGACUCAACAUUGGACGAACGGGGAAAACAUUCAACUAGGCCAGUUUAUCUUGAAAGGCCGGUGCAAAAAAUAGUUCUACUGGUUGAAGCUGGUGUUAAACUGUUGUAAAUGCUUAUAACUUGAAGGUUCAAAUCUUCGAGGAAAUCUCAAGUUGAGAUUUGGUGGGAGUUUAACUGCCACAAUGUAAAUUAUGUCAAUUUGUUUGAUUUAUUGUGUUAUGUAUGUAUCUUAUUUCCCUUGUCUAUUGUUGUUUCUUUUGGGGUAGGAACUAAGUUUCAUGCUGUGUUGCGCUCGGCCCAUUAUGGGUGACGAAAAGGGAAGUCAAAGGGCAUGUGAAAAGAAGCUAAGCUAUAACCUACGCAGUCACAGGAAUGAAUAAAUAAGCAGUUUAAAGUAAGGGAAAGCUGUAGAGAAGAAGAAGAAGAAAUUGCGAAUUACUUUUGUUAAGUUUUGUUCCUGAAGCGGAUUCACUCCCUUAUGGUUACGUGCAGCCAGCGAGUUUGACGGUGGAUUAAUGGUGUUUUGGAAGAGAAGUGUGAAGGAAGAAUAAAUCCAUCAGUGAAUGAAGAACCGUGGUGUCGUCUAUUAACCGGAGGGAGCGAAACAUACUCUUUUCUUAUGCCAUUCAUUCUCUUAAUCGUUGACCAAACAUUUUGUAUUUUUGUCUCCCUCCCCACUGAAUUACAAAAGCCCCUCCAAUACUCCUUCUUUGCAUUUUUAACA